AGUAACUGAGGUCACAAGGUCAAAUUUAGCGUGCUAGGCAACGGAUUCACACUGUGCAAUCGAUCGAUUUACUUUCUUUCACUGACACACCUGUCACUCAGCCAAAUAUCCUUCAAUCCAUUGUGAAUCGUUGGCGAAGAAGCAACGUAUAUUCUUGGUAAAAUAGUCUGAGAGGUCAACUUUUGCAGAUAAACUUUGGAAUUUAUUUUCCCGCCAUAUAAUUAUUUGACUAAAAGUUUAAAAAUGGCAGCAUCAGGUAUUGCUGAACACAACGAAGCAAGAAGACGACAACAGAGGGCAGAUAGAAUGGCAUAUAUACAGACAGAUUAUAUAAAGGAACAACUGGCCAAUAAUGAAAAUAGAUAUAACACACAGCAUGAUAAUACUUAUGAUUUACAAGUAGAACAUUACAGAAAAUGUGGAAGUCCCCCUGAUGAACCUGCAGGUCAUGACCCACAAUCUAUAGACAAGAAAAGAAGAGAAGAAGCACGUAGACAACAAUUAUAUGAAUAUUCUGCCAAACUCAAUAAUAGAUAUAGCUCUAAGGACUAUAUAAGCCAGUGGUGAAGAUAGCUAUGGAAUGUGGAGUCAGCUCUUAAGUUAGUCUAUUGUCUGACAGGAUUAAAAAUCAAAACCAAAGUUUACAAGACAGUUUAAAAAUUUUGUAUAAAUAUGUAUUAUCUCAAAUUAUCAACAUUCAUAACUUAAUGAGAGGUUUAAAAAGAUUUUCUUCCAUUCAAUUAAUAAAAACACUGGUAAAAAGUAACAUGUUAACUUUGUACUAUAUUUAAAGGUCUUAUAUAUAAAGAAACAAUGUGUUUCUUCCUGUUUAAAGUUGUGUGAUUGCACCAGUAUACAAAUUAUUUUUUUUGUAUUGUGUCUCAUUUUCAUUUCUUAUUUAUAUUCAGAUUUCUAUUUAUACACUUCUGAUUGUUAAUUUGUAUUUUUACACUCAGUAUUAAAUUUGCACCAGUAUUUCAGUAAUUUUAUAGUACAUUACAUGCUUAAAAAUAAUCUUUAAAAAUCACCCUAACAUUUUAAAUUCUUCUUGAAAUAAAGAAAAGGUGAUCAAAUAGUGGAUAACUCAACCAAUUUGAUUGAUACAAGUCAUUGUAAUUUAACCAAAAUGAAGAAAUAGCAUGAGAAAUAAUAAAUUCAUGUUUCCUUCAUUAAAGGGAGAUAAUUCAUGUAUUGUACUUAAAAUUACAUUAUAUUGUGUAUAUAAAUGUGAUUGUGUUUUUUAAUUGUGAAUAUAUAUUUUGUUUUUGUUAAUGUAUAUGCACAUUACUUUUUAACUUUAAUAGCAAAUUUUCAUGGCUUUUUAAUCAUUGUUUGCAUAAGAAUUCUCAAGACGCUUAUUUUUUCUUACAAAUAAAAAGUGUUCUAAAAUAUAAAAAAAAUAAAAUCUGCUCUAACUUACUGAAAGGAAAAAUCAAAUGCAUUGUAAUUUGUGAUGAAAGAGAGGUUGCGAGUUAAUUAAUUUAUCAAGUUUGAGAGUUUUAUCAUUACAUCUGUGUCAAUCUAAAUAAACAAAUAUUGUUACAUAUAAAUUAAAAGAUAGAUUUGUAAACCGGUCAAAGACAAAGCUUGGAAUUUUUAUCUUAGAUGUUUGUGGUAUAGAUGGCUAAAUUUGUAGUAGGUUCAUAUUUUAUAAAUUCAAAAUUUAAAAAUUACUUUCUCCUCAAUAAAUCUACAAGAUUUUUUAACUAGGUAUAUUUUCCUAUCGGUAACAAAAAAGUAAUUUAUUAGUCGUACAUGUAUUAAUGUCAUAAAUUAUUGAGAUGUAUUUGAUAUUUAUAUAGUUUGAUGUUGUGAUAAAGGUACUCUAUGCAAUACAUUUUGCUUGUUUUGUUUGCUCAAGUUUUGCUUGAAUAAAACCUUUUACAAUCUA